GCUAUACUCUAGGGGCGGUUGAUUGAGCUCCAUCGAACAUCUAUGGAUUACUGGUCAAAGUAGAGGCACAUGGAGUUGCAACGUAGUGUCGAAUGUCCAUCUAUCUGUCGCUCUCUCCUCGUGACAGCAUCCAAGUUUGCUGAUGCAAUCGGCGUCGGUCAGGGACGUCCCUACGACUACUUUCUGUCCCGUGUCGAUAGAUCCGAUACAUACAAGAGCGUCUCAGCAGAGAGAGACGAAUGGAUGCGGCACGGUGUGUACACGGAGCCGAUCAUCAACGAGGCAUAUCAACUAUUGACGGGAAACAAAACAGAGCAAAGUGGACUUUGGAUUCCUCCCGUGGACGAUCCUCUUCACGGCUAUUGUGGCUGUAUACCAGAUGGAAAGGUUAGAGGUGUUGGUGGCAGUGUGAUGGGCCUGGUCGAGUACAAAGCGCCAGUGCACGUCUUGUAUAGUAAAGAGAAACAUCCUCCCUAUGGGAUACCUAGACGAUACAUGGCACAGAUACAGGGUGAGAUGGGCAUCUGUGGUUUGCCUUGGUGUCACUUCAUGGGCGUUUGCAUUAGAACAAAGGAAAUCAGUUUAUUUCACGUUUUGUUCAGUAGUGCCUACUACCAAGCACUGUCUCAGAGACUGUUAGUGUUUUGUGCUGCUCUACAAGAUUGGCAUAUAUUUCACCCAAGCUAUGAUGAUCUUUGUUCUGUGGCAGCGAUCAGGCAACUGCAAGAUGUGGGUCUGUGUUCAGAAUGGUUAUCUGGAGAGGAUGAAAUUCCUGUUGAGAGUUUGAUAGAGCUUCUACACCCGUGAUCAGUGUACAGUGAAUUUGACUACAGCUGUCCUUGCUGCGGGUGGCCGUGCAGCCAGUCAGUUUUGUCAAGCCCGCCUUGAAGAUUAACAGAUUCACUAGAGGGACACCUUACUACGCAUGUCAGCGCAAAGUAACCAUCCGUGCCCAUACCUUGGGGGGUCAUGAAGAGUUCUCCAGUUUCCCCACCUGCCAGAUUCGUUGUUAGUAGACUGAGAGGUGGGAACAGAGUCCGACGUUAAUACUUGUUCUCUUCUUGUAGAGAGACGAUAGAGGCCGCUAUCGGGGGCCAUCUGGGCUGUGGAUGACGAGUGAUUUCCUCCUAGGUCAAGGACCUGUACGCUUUACAGACGACACCAGCAGACACGUACUUAGACGAGUGGAUAUGAAAUUGGGUCAUUUAC